AUGGAUCUGGAUCAGUGGAUCUCCAAGGUCAAGGAUGGCCAACAUUUAACGGAAGAGGAGCUGCAGCUUCUCUGCGAAUACGUAUAAUAUUUUCCCUCCUUUUUACCUUGCCUCCCUCUCCCAAGUCAUUUGGCGUGUUUCUAGGGGGCCACGCUUUCACUGGUAGUCCUAUUAAAUGAGUAAUCAUUCAUGAGGCUGCCGUCUGAAACGGAGAUGACUGUGAGGACUAGGUUUUGGCAAGAAUGUUCCCGUGUCUUUUCUUUUACUGUCAAGAUUUUAGCAGAUUGAGAAUAGGAAAAUUCCGUAAAUUUAAUUGGCAUCGGAUGGACCAGAGGUUUCACGAAGAACGUGAGAUUGUAUCAAGAUCAUUGUGACUUUAUCACGAUCCUGCCAAAGGCGUCUUCCUUGAUAAGAUAUUAUAAAAAAUUAUCGAGUCUCAUGCUUUUUAAUGUUCUCACUCAGUCAGAACAACGUUUUAUCCACGUUGGAGGUGGUUGGAUGGGGGCUUACCUGUAAAUUUACUGAGCAGUCAAUGGCAUGGUGAUCAGUAUGCAGAUGCGACUAUUCACUUAAAUCUGUGGAAGCCCAGAAUUAUCAAAAUUGUGAAGCUGCUUCGCAAAACUUUAGUUGGACGCCCACAGCUCCCAUACAUUCCGAACCAAAAUAAUGAUGGAAAUGGUACAAGUGUUUAAGAUCCUGGCCGCUUGUUUAGCUCAAACCCCUUUGCUUCCUUAAAAGAUGUUUUUCAAAUUUUGAUAUAGUUGUCACUUAACGCCUUGACGUGUGUGAAAAUUGCUUUGUUGCAGAUUUCUUAUUCUAUAAUUAUUGCCUUGAAGCAUUCUCUUGCCUGAGUUUUGUUAGUAACACUCGAGAUUGCUGUGUGUUAUAUUACUUCCUUUCAGGUGAAGGACAUUCUCAUUGAGGAGUCAAAUGUCCAGCCUGUUAAUAGCCCAGUUACUGUUUGUGGUGAUAUACAUGGCCAAUUUCAUGACCUAAUGAAGCUCUUUCAGACUGGUGGUCAUGUACCUGAGACAAAUUAUAUUUUUAUGGUAAGGUGAAUGCUUUGCUGAUGGUUUCUUUUCCUUUAUUUAAUUUUUAACUGCUGUACAGAUAUUGAGUGGAACCAUUAAAUUGUUACUAGGGUGAUUUUGUGGAUCGUGGAUACAACAGCCUCGAAGUAUUCACAAUUCUUUUACUGCUUAAGGCCAGGUACUUCUCCAAUGUGUACAGGCAUGCUGCGUCAUCUCUCUAUACAUGUAAAAGGAUUUUUCUUGUUUACGUGUCUUGGGAGUGUUGAUGUAUCAGCUCCAAUUGACUGUUGUGUUGGUCAUCUUUCUUUUGUAAGAUGGUAUUUGUCAGUGGUAUCAAUCACUCUAGUUCUUUGCUGAUAUUUCUCAUUCUGAAUUCUAGAUAUAAGUGCUAUAGUAGUAAUUAUUUCUUCUUUGUGGUUUUUUUUUUCUUACACCUGUUAAGAAGAUUACCGCAAUAGUUCAUAUUUAUUCAUGUUCAAUGUGCAUUUCACUAAGGAAAAUUCCUUAUUUCUUUUGCUCUUUACGUUUGUCUCAGGUAUCCGGCAAAUAUCACUCUUUUACGUGGGAACCACGAAAGUAGGCAAUUAACACAGGUAUUUACAUGUCAUAAUCGUCGCUGUGAAGUGAAUUCGUUUCUUAGUAAGGGAUGACAGAAUUUUUAAUAUAUUUUAUCUAUCUUAUGCAAUUAAGAAAGCCUCACGAAAGGCACCUUGGUUUACUUGUGUUUCGCUUUUUCUUAACCUCUUUCCGAAAUGUAACUUAGUGAAAAACAGUGAAGCCUAUCAUUCUGCGUAGCCUGAACAGUGACCUAGGAUCCGAAGGAGUGCAGUCUUUCUACAUAGAGAUCUCAACUCGACCAAAAAAUUCAAAUUGUAUAAGGCGUUUCAAUUAUGGUCUGAAGAGGUGCACACGUUGAUGAAAGAUAAACAAAAGGUAGUCACUUAAACCCAUCAAACUUAGAUGACUAUGUAUCUGACUUCUGGAAAGAAAUGCCACCAAAAUGUUACCUUUAGGUUGUUUACAUCAACAUUUUUCAGUACAGGUAUGUUCGAAAUUUUUGUAAACUAGGCAUAUAUUAGUCUGCCCAUUUCUAAAAAAAUGUUUUAAGACAUGUGAAAAAACUAAAUUUCAGAUACGAACGCUUUUUCCUGUGCAUUGAGUGCGUGUGUAGAGUAUUUGACGGGGCUCCAUUCCCCCAUGCUGUCCUUUGCUUCCCAGUCUUAAAACUGAGACAGAUUGUUAAUGGUUGACAUUAGGUUGUGAGCUACUCUGAAGGGAAAUCUUUUUUUUUUCUAGAUUUGUUCUAAGCCCGGUAAAUUCUUACAGUACAGUCUUAGGACAUCACCAUUUUCCUGUAUGACAUUUUUCAAAUUCUAAUCUAGUUGGGUUAUAAUUCUGCUUUUCCUUUUCAAGGAAAUGUGCUUGUAAGAUUAUGAAGCAAAGAUUGAGAGUCGGUUGCUUCCCCCCUGCCAACACCAAACAACCUUUUAGUGAAGAAAAAGGAUAACUUUCUUCAAGUAAAUCGACUCUAGGCCAAGAGGCUACUUGCAAAUUUUAUGGAAAAUUGUAUUAGAUUGCCAUUUUCCCUGGAAGAUUUCCUGGCAUCAGUCACAAGGAUUACAAAACCUUCUACCUGAAAAUAGGCAUAUUUUAAACCUGACUACAUUUCAGGCAAGGUAACAAAUUGUUACGAACCUCUUGAGAUUUGGGGCGAAAUCUUCACCCUAAUCUUACCUUAGACGAGGCUCACUCAGGGAAUCAGCUCUCUAUUGUAUAGAAGAAUCAGAUUGAACAAUUGAAAAUGGAAAUUGGAAAGACAAUAGAGGUUCGGAGACAGUAGGGUGAGUUCCUGGGGUCGGAUCGAUCCUCAGGAACAGGAGAGCCCGAAUCGGACCUCUCCAAGGACAGAUCUCCCUCUCCACUCUCUGUUUUCUCCUACCUUCUUAUUUCGGCGUCUUCUAUGUUUAUAGGCCUCAGUACAUUAUUCUGUUGUGGUCCCCUCUCCACGUGGGGGUCUAGGUGGUCUUGUGUAGACGACGGUUGGCUUCGUAACACAAAUCCACUAAGUUUGUGCUCUUGGGGAGAUGGGCGGUUAUGGCAUUAAAAAUUAGGUAUUUUCAUGAUCCUGAUUCUGGUUCAAUCUGCAGAGAAAAAUUGUGGAAUUUUGGAAUGAAGGAUGGAAAAAGAAAAAUAGGUAAAAAGCAUAUGAUAAGCCCAGACAAGGGAAGGGGAGAAUUUGAAUGAUGGGAUGCUUAUUCGCAUUUGGUGAUAUGAAUGAAUAUGCAUGACAGUGCAUUAUUGUCUCUCAUUUGCCUUUCAAGUACGUUUUUUUUCCAAAACAGAAAGAGAGGAGGGGUUGGAGAAAUUGGAAUGUCACCUGUUGCCUGAUGAUGGCAAUAUAGUAGGUUUUUUCUCUUAUUCAAUUUUUCGUCCUUCAGUCUGUUCCUUCUGUUCUGAAUGUACGUUUUUGUCUUCAUUUCAUUAGUAGUGGUUCCUGAAGCAAGAGUCAAUUUCUUUCUAUUUGACGAACCUGAUAUCAUCUCCAGAAAAUGGGAAGCCUGGUUGCGUUUGGUCGACAAAUUCUGAAAAAACUAUAUUUGACAGGUAUACGGAUUUUAUGAUGAAUGCCAGAGAAAGUAUGGAAACGCUAAUGCCUGGCGAUACUGCACUGACGUUUUUGACUACCUUACCCUUUCAGCCAUCAUUGACGGAACGGCAUGCUCCCCAAACCCUAUUCCUUUUUGGUGGUUUCUGUGUUUUUUUUUCCAAAUUUAACAAAAUUUACCCAAUGCGCAUUCCAGGUUCUUUGUGUUCAUGGUGGUCUGUCUCCUGAUGUUCGAACAGUUGAUCAGGUAAUGCCUUUGCUCACUAUUCCAUUUCACUUUAUGAAAAAGCCAUUCAUUUUGUGACAAAAUUAUUUAUUUGAUUUAUUUCUUAAAUUUAGUUUUCGUUUGUACCCCUGAUCUCUUGCCUUACCAUAACAUUUACUCUCCUGCAGAUUAGGGUUAUCGAAAGGAACUGUGAGAUUCCUCAUGAAGGACCCUUCUGUGAUCUCAUGUGGAGCGACCCUGAGGAGAUUGAGACUUGGGCCGUCAGCCCGCGUGGGGCCGGCUGGCUUUUCGGAUCCAGAGUCACCUCUGAGGUACCGAUAAAAUAACCAUCAUAUCAUUCCAUUCCAUGUUGUUUUUGUCUCUUGUCGAAUCUGUUCCUCACCCCCCUUGGAAACGCCGUUCUGCAGUUUAAUCAUAUCAAUAACCUAGCUCUGGUUUGCCGUGCGCAUCAACUGGUCCAAGAGGGUCUCAAGUACAUGUUUCAGGACAAAGGCCUUGUCACCGUAAGUCUUAUGAGAAUAUUAAGAACAUGAGUGCUGGGUUGCUACAUAAUUUUAUUUUUUUUCUUUUGUUUCUUUUCUCUCUCUCUCUCUCUCUCUCUCUCUCUCUCUAUCGGUUGCUACAGAAUUCAUAUCAAAUACCUGUUCAUGGAGAUUUAAUGGCUACCCACUUGGUUACUGCAGGUGUGGUCGGCACCAAACUACUGCUACCGAUGUGGGAAUGUGGCCGCUGUGUUAAGCUUCAGUGAAAACAUGGUGAGAGACGCUACGACCUGCUUAAUCUGUGUUUUCUUUGAUGAUCUUGUUCAUCUUCUCAAAUAAUCUCUUUUUUUUUUUUUGCUAAAUCAAAUCACCGUGUGCUCUGUCUUUUCUCUCCCUUGUUUCAGGAGAGAGAUGUCAAGUUCUUCACAGAAACGGAAGAAAACCAGCAGAUGAGAGGCCCCAGAUCCGGUGUGCCUUACUUCCUAUGA